GCGGGUUGGCUUAUCUAUAGCGGUAGUAUUGGGCUCCGGAGGCGGGGAAUAGCUGCGGCGGAGGUGAGGAGAGGUGUUUCUGAAGCAGGGAGCCUCUGUGAUGAAGAAGAUCUUUGGUUUGGGGAACAAGAAGGGCGAGUCGCCCUUGGGCUCCUCCACCAGUACGCGGAAGAACAGCGCCGCCGCCGGGCAGGAGAAUGACAGACGCGUCAACUCACUGCCUGGCUACGACAUCCGAGACAGAGAUCUCGGAAAGAUCCACAAAGCUGCCAGCGUGGGUGACGUGUCGAAGGUGCAGCAGAUCCUUUUGCUGGGGAAAAGUGGCUUGAAUGACAGAGACAAGAGGAAGAGGACUGCUCUACAUUUGGCCUGUGCUAAUGGUCAUCAUGAAGUGGUAACUCUCUUAGCAGAGAGAAGAUGUGAUCUUAACCUCUAUGACAGCGAAAACAGGACAGCUCUGAUGAAGGCUGUACAAUGCCAGAAAGAGGAAUGUGCAGCUGUUCUGCUAGAACAUGGUGCCGAUCCAAACCUUGCAGACUUCCAUGGCAACACUGCUCUCCACUAUGCUGUUUGUGACCAGAGAAUAUCAAUUGCAGCAAAACUGCUUUUACACAAGGCAAAUACUGAAGCAAGAAACAAGGAAGGGCUCACACCACUUUUGCUUGCUAUAAAAGAAAACAAACAGCCAAUGGUGGAAUUUUUAGUACAGAAAGGAGCAAAUAUACAUGGAGUUGACAAGGUGAAAAGUGAUUGCCGACUAAUUUCUAAAUAUAAAGAAGAUCAGCAACUUAAAGAUUCUUCUCAAAAUAGCAAUCCAGAGAAUGAGAGUUCUGAAGAUGACUCUUUAAGCAGGCUUUCUGACAAACCUGGUCCUGAUGAUUCAUGGCCUUCAUCAAUUGAUGACUUAGAUUUUGAUACUGAGAAUGUUCCAAAACCAGACUUAACAAAGCUAAUCAGUGCUUCUCGGCAAUCCAUGAAAAUUCUAGAGGCAAAACAUGACCUUCAGAAGCUAGAGGCUAGAACAUUGUUGGAGGAAGGAACAACAAAGCCAACAACUGGAACAAAGGAAAAUGGUAUUGGUAUCGAAAGUGCUCCACGAGAGCAAACAAAUGACAAUUUGACUUCUGUUGAUGGAAUGCACAACAAUAAUAAAAGUGAUAUGAAGUCUGCAUUAGGAUUAGAAGAGGAAGAUGUAGACUCACCUUGGGAUUCUGAGAGUAUGUCCGAGAAUCUUCCACAGAAGUAUGGUGGUCAUUUAUCUGGGGCUGAAGAUCAAAGAGGAAAAAAUAUAGUAAAUGGACAAGUAGAAGAUGUGUUUUAUAUACCUUCUUGCAUGAGUGGAUCAAGAAACUUUAAGAUGGCUAAACUAGAGGAUAGAAGAUAUAUAGGCAUACCAUUAGCCCACAUGGAGUCUCCUGAGAAAUAUCCUUACUUGAAGCCUACUGUUGAAAUGAAAGAUUCUGUUCCAAAUAAAGCAGUGGGAGUGAAGGAUAUACAAACAUCUAGAUCAGGUUUGUCAGCAGAACUAGACUUAGAAAUGAUGGCAGAAGAAGUACAAGAAAGGCUUGAUGAAAAUGAAAAUGAGCAGCCACAGGUUGAUGAAGAAAGGAAGAAACACAAAAGUAAUGAAAUGGAAGUAUCAGAAAACCUAUAUGAUGGUGCUACUGAUGACGACGACAAUGAUGAUGGAUUAAUUCAACAAGGAAAGAAUGGAAAAACUAAUAACCAGCAAUGUCCUUUUAAAGAGAAUGAAGAGUAUGAUAGUAGCAGUCCUGCCUUGAGUAUGAUGGAAGUAACAAAAAAUGAAAAUGAAAAAUGGACCUCAAAAGAGUCUGUGAUUGCACCAAUGUUUGGGAAGGCCAAUUCGCUAACUGGUGGUCCACUCCAAGUGAAUGAUGACAGCAGUUUAGGUAAAAUAGAUCACGAUGAAGGAAGGCCUGCAAAGGAAAGAUCUAAUGAAAAGAACAAGGUCAGAAACCAAAUAAAUUCUAUGGAUGACCUCGAUGACUUAACUCCUUCAUCUGAAACAGCCUCGGAGCAUUGUGAGUUGCCUGACUCUAAUUCCAACAAGACUAAGUUGCUAAUUGAACAACUUGGAAUGGAUUGUAAAGAUUCUGUUAGCCUGUUGAAAAUCCAGGAUGCAAUUCUUUCAUAUGAAAGAUCAAUAGAACUUAAAAAAAAUCACUGUGAGCUACUUACAAGAAAAAUUAAAAAUAUGGAAAGUAAGGUUAGUGGACUCCAAAAGGAGUUGUCAGAAACAAAAGAAAUGAAAUCACAGUUAGAGCAUGAAAAAGUGGAAUGGGAGCGAGAAUGCUGCAGUUUGAGAUUUGCCCUAAAACAAGAAAAAGAGAAGAGAAGAAAUGCUGACAUGUUGUAUGAAAAACUUAGAGAACAGUUACGAAGGAAAGAAGAGCAGUACAGUGAAGAAGUUGAAGGGAAACAGCAACUUGAAAUGACUCUGAGAACACUAGAUAUGGAAUUGAGGACUGUCAGAAAUAAUUUGAAUCAGGUUGUAGAAGAGCGAAAUGACAUCCGGAGGCAACUUUCUCGAGAACAGAAUGCCAGAGUAUUACAAGAUGGUAUUCUGACCAAUCACCUGUGCAAACAAAAGGAGAUAGAAAUGGCUCAAACAAAAAUGAAUUAUGAGGUUUCUGAUAGUCAUAACAAAGAUCUGCUGCACAAAAAUCACAUGUUGCAGGAUGAAAUUGCCAUGCUAAGACUGGAAAUAGACACAAUAAGAAAUCAGAGCCAGGAAAAGGAAAAGAAAUAUUUUGAGGACAUUGAAAUUAUAAAAGAAAAGAAUGAUGACCUUCAAAAGACAAUAAAACUGAAUGAGGAAACAUCAACAAAAACAAUAUUGCAGUAUACUGGACAGCUUAAUGUUCUGACAGCUGAGAACACAAUGCUAAAUUCUAAAUUGGAGAAUGAAAAGCAAAAUAAGGAAAGACUGGAAACAGAAGUUGAAUCAUACCGUUCUAGACUGGCUGCUGCUGUACAAGAUCAUGAUCAAAGUCAGACAUCUAAAAGAGACCUAGAACUUGCUUUCCAGAGAGCGAAAGAUGAGUGGUUUCGUUUACGGGACAAAAUGAAUUUUGAUUUGUCUAACCUAAAAGAUAACAAUGAGUUUCUUUCCCAACAACUUUCUAAAGCUGAAAGUCAGUCUAAUAGCCUAGAAAUUGAGCUCCAUCACACAAGAGAUACUCUCAGAGAAAAAACUUUGGUUUUAGAACGUGUACAAAGAGACCUAAGCCAAACACAGUGUCAAAUGAAGGAACUUGAACACUUGUAUCAAAACGAACAAGGUAAAGUGAAUAAAUAUAUUGGAAAGCAGGAAUCUAUAGAGGAGAGACUAUCUCACCUGCAAAGUGAAAACAUGUUGCUUCGACAGCAACUGGAUGAUGCUCACAACAAAGCCGACCAUAAAGAAAUGAUAGUAAUUAAUAUCCAAGACCAAUUUCAUGAUAUUGUAAAAAAACUUCAAGCUGAGAGUGAAAAACAAAGUCUUAUGCUAGAAGAGAGAACUAAGGAGUUAAUCAAUGAAUGUAAUCAUUUAAAAGAAAAACUGCAUCAGUAUGAAAAUGAGAAAGCAGAAAGAGAAAUAGUUGUGAGACAACUUCAACAAGAACUGGCUGAUACCCUAAAAAAACAGUCUAUGUCAGAGGCUUCACUGGAGGUUAUAUCACAUUAUCGCAUUAAUUUAGAAGAUGAGACACAGGAUUUAAAGAAGAAAUUAGGUCAAAUCCGAAGUCAGCUGCAAGAUGCACAGGAUCGACAUACAGAGGCUGUAAGAUGUGCUGAGAAGAUGCAAGAUGACAUGCAAAAGCUUGAAAUGGAAAAUUCCAGUUUAAAAGCUACAAUUGAAAAGCAAGUGGGCAAAAUUGAACAGCUUCAGAAAAACUUGUUAAAGGCAAGUUCGUCUGAGGAUGAAAAGGAACAAUUUAAGAAACUUCUUGCAUCAAAACAAUCUCUGGAAUCUAAUUUGGAUCAAGAAAUGAAAAAAAAUGAUGAAUUAGAAAAAGAGAUAACUGGAUUUAAGAAACUCUUAAGAAUGACAAGAAAGAAGUUAAGUGAAUAUGAAAAUGGAGAGUUUAGUUUCCAUGGAGAUAUAAAAACUAGUAAAUUUGAAAUGGAUAUUCAGAUUAAUAGGCUAAAACAUAAGGUUGAUGAUCUUACAGCACAACUGGAAACUGCAUCUUCAAAAUGUCUGCAUCUGGAUGCAAAGAAUCAAGUUCUUCAACAAGAGUUAUUAUCUAUGAGAAAAAUACAAAAAGAAUGUGAAAAAUUAGAGAAGAAGAAAAAGAAGUUGGAAGAAGUAGUAGUGAACCUCAAAAGUCACAUAGAAAUGAACAUGGUAGAACGUGGUCAAGUUGAACAGUAUAAACGGGAAAUUGAAGAAAGAGCAAGACAGGAUAUAGUAGAAAAAUUAAAAGAAGUCAAUCUAUUUUUACAGACACAAGCAGCAUCUCAAGAAAACUUAGAGAAGUUAAGAGAAAAUAAUAAUGCUUCAUUAAGAAGUCAGAUGGAACUCAGAAUUAAAGAUCUGGAAUCUGAACUCUUCAAAAUGAAAAAUUCUCAAGAAGAUUCUAUUAAAACAGAAUUGGUAAAAUAUAAGCAACUCUAUCUAGAAGAAUUAAAAGCUAGAAAAUCAUUGUCAAAUAAACUAAACAAUACUAAUGAGAGGCUAGCAGAGGUCAAUACUCAACUUCUCAUGGAGAAACAGCAGAACAGAUCUUUACUCAGCACUCUUACUCUUACCACGAGACCAGUCCCGGAGGCACCUAGUGUUGGAAUUCUUAAUAAUCAUCUACUGUUCAACAGAAAUCUUAUUCCAAGAGAAAACUCAGUGGUUCCUACCUCAACCUCACAGCCUUCAAAAGACAGCUUGGAGAACUACUUGACCAAGAUGCAGCAGGAGUUGGAAAAAAAUAUAACUAGAGAACUAGAAGAAGCUGCUGCCGAAUUUGAAUCUGGAUGCUACAGAGCUUCUCCUCUAGGAUCUACUGAUGAGUCAAAUAAAAAUCAAGAUCUACUUUUGCAAGCAUCACAGGAAUAUGUCCAGAUUUUAAAGAAAAAUUAUAUGAUCUAAAGGAUAAA